CAGGGCAGCAACUCUCUGCCCGAUCGCUGGACUUGACUGGCCAUGGGAUUAACUUUCAAGACUUUGACCCUCGCUUCAAUUCUACUUCACGCUGGGUUCCUCAUCUAUGGCGCUUACCAAGACAGACAUCCCGUUGUCAAAUUCACGGAUAUUGACUACCUCGUUUUCACCGAUGGAGCCCGAUAUAUUUCUCAAGGGUUGUCACCUUAUCUUCGAGCGACCUACCGCUACACACCGCUGCUCGCUUAUCUGGUACUUCCAAAUAUAACUCUUCACCCGUUAUGGGGAAAAAUUCUCUUUUGCAUAUGUGAUCUUGUCGCAGGAUGGUUCAUUCAUGAGAUCUUGACUGCUCGCGGUAUGGGAGAUCAUCGUGCAAGCAAGUAUGCAGCGGUGUGGAUGCUCAACCCGUUCGUUAUCGCAAUAUCGACGCGGGGAAAUGCGGAGAGUAUAGUUGCUGCGUUAGUGUUGGCAGUAUUAUGGGCGUUGAUUGUAAAGAAAUGGCGACGAAUAGGCGCCGUCGUGUUUGGAAUUGGCGUACACUUUAAGAUUUAUCCUAUUAUUUAUGCUGUCCCUUUUUGGUUAUUUUUGGAUUCCGAUUUCGAGGGGGAGGAAGGAAAAAGGACAAAAGCAACUGAUAAUGUGAGGAGAGCAGCGACGCAGGACAGGUACCGGAACGCAUCUGUGGGUCGGCGAGUCAGGGCAUUUUUCACUUGGAAGCGCUUAGAGUUCGGCUUCAUCAGCGGAGGUGUUUUUUUUGCACUGACCGCCUUGAUGUACUAUAUUUAUGGUCAUGAGUUUCUUGAGGGAACAUACCUCUACCACGUCACACGUAAAGACCACCGCCACAACUUUUCGCCGUAUUUCUACCACAUGUACCUCUCUUCCCAUGAACCGGCAUCUGCUGUGUUGAACGGCCCCUUAAUCUCAAGAAUCAUUUCAAUCCUCUCGUUUGCCCCACAGCUUGGCCUAGUAACGGUAGUCGGGGCCGUCCUCGCGAAAGAUGUCGUAUUCGCAACCUUUGCGCAGACAUUUGCUUUUGUUAUGUUGAACAAAGUUUGUACCUCUCAGUAUUUUAUGUGGUACCUCUGUUUUCUACCCAUUAUUUUGCCUAGCAGCCGCCUUGUGGCAGAUCAAUGGAAACUCGGUAUUGGACUCUUGUCUCUUUGGGUUGCGGGUCAGGCUCUCUGGCUAUCCCAAGCAUUUCGCCUGGAGCACCUCGGGCACAAUACGUUUCGGGAGCUCUGGGCAGCUAGUGCUAUAUUCUAUCUUGUUAAUGCCGGAAUAUUGGCGUGCAUGAUCAAGGCGCAUGCAUUUGAACCGAUUUUUGCGAAAGGGAAUGUUCGACAGGUUUUCAACGAGCCUGUUCUAAGCACUUCGGGUACGGAUCUCAUCACGUCGGAAGAACCCGCAUCUUCAGCGACCAGUGCAGAUCUAUCACAACCAAGACCGCACACCAUCACGUACUCUCAUGGAGGCUUUCUCCUAGAAGAACGAUUAUUGGGGGAAGGGGCAAUUGAGUUUGUUGUGAAGAAGGCAAAUCCGGGUUGGAGUGUCCUGGACGUGGUCCUUUUAGCCACAUGCUCAGGUAUUUUAAUUAUCGUGUACCUGCUUGGGGGCUCCCUCAGCCGCUGGCAGUUUUCCCUACCAUUUGCUCUGAUACUCGUAGUUUGGGUGUUGACCAGACUGUUGAGUGUCCACCGAGAAUCACUUCUCAUCAUUCGCACUCUGGGUAUACAAAUUGAGACCCGCAAUAGACUUGGUCAGACCACUGCGCGCUUCAUUCCUCUCUCCAAUAUCGCGGACCUGAUCAUCAACGAAGCCAUCACACUAUUGACUGUGAGAUAUUACUUAGCGGUUGUGGCGAAAGGAGAGGAUCAGUUGGCGGUGGUGUUUGAGGUACUGCUAGAACCUCACAGCAAACGUCGGUUAUAUAAGGUUGAACAGUUUCUCUCUACUUUCAGAAUUUACUCCCUCGACUAG